AUGUCGGGCCGAAGUGGGAAGAAGAAGAUGUCCAAGCUGUCACGCUCCAGCAGGGCAGGUGUCAUCUUCCCCGUGGGGAGAAUGAUGCGCUACCUAAAGAAAGGGACCUACAAGUACCGGAUAGGGGUCGGCGCUCCGGUUUACAUGGCAGCCGUCAUAGAGUACCUAGCAGCUGAAAUUCUAGAAUUAGCAGGAAAUGCAGCUCGAGACAACAAGAAAGGAAGAAUUGCCCCCAGACACAUCCUCCUGGCAGUUGCAAACGAUGAGGAACUGAAUCAGUUGCUAAAAGGUGUGACUAUUGCAAGUGGAGGUGUCCUGCCCAGAAUCCAGCCAGAGCUUCUAGCCAAGAAACGAGGUGCCAAAGGCAAAUCUGAGACUAUCCUUUCCCCUGCUCCUGAAAAGAAGGGAAGGAAAUCCGUGGUCAACAAAAAGAGUGGGAAGAAGGCAAAGUCCACCAAGGCCCGGACACCCAAAAAGAACAAACAGAAAGAGAAUGAAAAAGAAGGAGCUUCAAAUUCGACAUCUGAAGAUGGACCUGGGGAUGGUUUCACUAUCCUGUCCUCCAAAAGCCUUGUGCCAGGACAAAAGCUUUCUCUGACACAGAGUGACAUCAGCCAUAUUGGCUCCAUGAAAGUAGAAGGCAUUGUUCACCCCACAACUGCUGAAAUAGACCUGAAGGAGGAAAUAGGCAAGGCUUUGGAAAAGGCUGGAGGGAAGGAGUUUUUAGAAACAGUGAAAGAGCUUCGCAAAUCUCAAGGACCUUUGGAAGUUGCUGAAGCUGCACUUACUCAGUCUAGCGGCCUAGCGGCAAAGUUUGUCAUCCACUGUCACAUCCCACAGUGGGGCUCAGACAAGUGCGAAGAGCAGCUUGAAGAGACUAUAAAGAACUGCUUAACAGCUGCAGAAGACAAGAAGUUGAAGUCCGUGGCUUUCCCCCCAUUUCCCAGUGGCAGAAACUGCUUCCCAAAACAGACGGCAGCCCAGGUGACUCUAAGAGCUAUUUCCACCCACUUUGAUGGCACCAGCUCUUCCUCCUUGAAGAACAUUUAUUUUCUGCUCUUCGACAGUGAAAGCAUUGGCAUCUAUGUGCAAGAAAUGGCCAAGCUAGACGCCAAGUAG